UGGACUCCUCUGGUGUGCCAACAGAAGUGUGAAGUAUAAGAUGAAACUACCAGCCAUCUCCAUAGCUCCCACGCCAGUCUGUAUUCCUCGCGCACCUCCUGUCCGGCAAGCUCGCUGCCUGGUGGAUACAACCGUAAAAUUUCCCGUAAUUUCGGACUCCGCACAGUUUUGGAAAAGCAAUCAGAGUAUUCCCAGAUUGAACCCUUUACACCCACCAUUUGUUCAUAAACGGACUGUCAGUCUGGAGACACCAGAUGUUCACCAGCACAACCACCAGAGGACACUGAUCAUGCAGAGAAAAGAGCAUUACAGAUAUCAUCAGGUAUGGCGAAAACCCUUCUAUGGAACCAGCAGUGAGAGAGAAGAGUACAGGAAGGAGUUGCGAGAACAGCUGAAGAGACAAAUAGAGGAGAAAUGUGCAGCAAUAAAGCUGCAGCUGGCCAAUAAAAUAAAGGAAGCGGAGACUCUCCGAGAAGCAGACCGCCUCGAUCUGGCCAGUGAACGAGAGCAAAGGAUCCAACACAGCAAAGCAAUGGCGGUGUACAGAGAUGAGAACAAGAGGCUAAUGGAGCAGAGCUGGAGGGACAGAGCACUAACACGUUCCCAGGAGGCCCUGAAUGAAAGAGAGCUGCUGCGCCUCAACCCCAUCAACUGGAGUGGAACACUGAAAUAGGUCAAACCUCCCCAGGAGGUCAAAACGUCAGACUUAGGCCUCACUGUAGCAUGUGUGUCAGGUGGAAAAAUGGGAUCCCAAAUGUACAGUGCAGAAUCACUAAAGGAACUAAUUUUAAAACAUUUUGGAUUACAUACAGUCGUGUGAAAAAACGGGUACACAGUCUUUCAAUUCACAGUUUUUGUAUCAGGUCAUUAAAAAAACAAAAUCUGGUCCUUGGCAAAUCUUAAAAUUAGGUCAAUACAACCUACAUAUCAUACAAUGUCAUAAUUUAUUUAAACACAAAUUCAGACAAAAUACAGAAGCAGUGUUUUAAAAACUUAGUACACCCUUAUUACUUCUAUAGGAAUUCAGAAAGUAAGCAACACUAUUUGAGCUGAUCAGUUUCCUCUUACUUUAUUGAUAACCAGGAAGCUUAUCAAAAACAAUUUGAAGUCCACCAGUAUAUGGUGAUAAAGAGUAUUCAAAAGUUUAAAACACUCAAUACCGUCACUAAGCUUUCCAGAAAUGGAUGUUCCAAGAAAUUCACCCCAGGGUCCAACUGCAUAACACUGAGGAGAACCUGUCAAAAACAAAAAGGCUCUGCCUGUCUCAGUUCUCAUGUUAAAUGUUAAA